AUGGGCAAAGCUGAAGGACGAGGUAAAGAAUGGCAUGGCCAUGUAACAGCUAUCACUGUUGCUUCCGAGUAUCGGCGUAUAGGAUUAGCAGAUGGAAUGAUGAAAUUGCUGGAGAAUGUAUCAGAUAAAAUUUAUGGUGGAUAUUUUGUUGAUCUAUUUGUCCGUGUAUCGAACACUGUGGCAAUUGGGAUGUAUAAGAAAUUUGGAUAUUCUGUAUAUAGACGUGUUAUUGGUUAUUAUUCUUCCGGUGAUAAUAAUGAAGAAGAUGCUUUUGAUAUGAGAAAACCUUUACCGAAAGAUGUUAAUAAAGGAAGUAUUAUCGAAAACGGAGAAGAAAGGCGUGUAAAACCUGAAGAUUUAUAG